AUGGAUGCUAACAGAUUGUUCGAUGCUUUUGCCGCAGCUACAAGCUUUACUAAAAUUCAGCAGCUGUUCGCUCAAUUAUGUGCACUGCUGGAUAUCGAUCCGUACGACAAUUUCAAUGUUUUUAGAAGGUUAAAAACAGUACUGAACGAUUGGCGUGCACAGAAGUUGUGGUCACUAUUAGAAAAACGAGCCGAACAGAAAGAAUACUGUCACCAGAAAGCGUGCGAAUGUUUGAGUGUACUUGUCAUUGGAGCUGGACCAUGUGGUUUGCGAUCAGCUAUUGAGUGUGCAUUAUUGGGAGCUUACGUUGUUUUGGUGGAACAACGGGAUUGUUUUUCAAGAAACAAUGUCCUACAUCUUUGGCCAUUUGUUAUACAGGAUCUCAAAAAUUUGGGGAUCAAAAUAUUUUACCCAAAAUUUUGUCGCGGUAGCAUUGAUCAUAUAAGCAUACGCCAGCUGCAAAUAUUUUUGGUGAAAAUCGCAUUAGUUCUGGGUGUUCAAAUACAUGAUUCUAUUACAUUUCAGCGCCUAAUAUUUCCCAAGUGUAACGAGAAUGGAAUAGUGGAAGGAUGGCGAGCAGAAUUUUAUCCUCCAAGGCAUAUUUUGUCGGAUUUUGUCUUUGAUGCUUUAAUAGGUGCAGAUGGAAAGCGUAACACAGUACCAGGCUUUCCGAAACGAGAAUUGCGUGGCAAAUUGGCGAUUGGAAUAACCGCAAAUUUUGUGAAUCAACGAACGCUAGCUGAAGAAAAAGUACAAGAAAUAAGUGGUGUUGCUUAUAUUUUCAAUCAACAAUUUUUCAAAGACAUGAAAGAAGCAACAGGUGUCGAUUUGGAGAAUAUCGUUUACUAUAAAGAUGAAACGCAUUAUUUCGUAAUGUGUGCUAAGAAACAAAGUUUGUUGGAAAAAGGCGUUAUUGUUGAGGAUAAUGAGGAUGUAUCGCUUCUUUUAUCGCCUAAUAAUAUAAACCAGGAAAAAUUGUGCGAUUAUGCAGCAGAGGCAGCUGAUUUUGCUACUGGUGGUAACCUUCCUAAUUUGAAAUAUGCACGAAAUCAUAAUGAUAGUGAAGAUGUUGCAAUGUUUGAUUUUACAUCAUUGUUUUCGGCGCAGUGUUCGGUACGGCUCAUCGAACGAUGCGAUCGACGAUUAUUAAUGUCGAUUGUUGGAGACAGUUUACAUGAGCCUUUCUGGCCAACAGGCUCAGGAUGUGCGCGAGGCUUUCUGGGUGUUUUCGAUGCGGUUUGGAUGUUGAGAGCUUAUGGUUUAAAUGUACAGGGUCUGAUGGUACUUCUAGCUGAACGUGAGAGUGUUUAUCGGCUAUUAGCGCAAGCGAAACCGGAUAAUCUUCAUAAACAGACUCAUAAAUAUUCCAUUGAUCCACGAACACGCUACAUUAGUCUGGAAAUGGCAGUACAACCUCAUGAAGUAAGUCAUCUGAUUGAUACGGAUAAUCCACGAAAUGUGGAAACGGAUAAGGCCUUACCGCUACGAACUACUAAAGCGGCUGACCGUGUCAGUGGAACAUAUAUUAAAAGAUACAAGCUGUGGAAGUUCUGUUACCAGGCUCUCAGUGCAUAUCAUUUGCGUAUUUUCAACUUCUUGGAGUGCUGGAAUGAUGGACGAGCUUUAGCUGCUUUAUUAGGAAAAUUUCGUCCCGAUCUGGUGGAUUAUUUAUCGCUUUGUGCUGCCGAUAAUCCUAAUGCAGUUAUUGAGAAAAUAUUUUCUGCAGUUAAAAAGGAAUAUGACAUUAAACCACCUUGUAAAAAUCAUGCAGAAUGGGUUAAUGUGAGCACUGAUGCACGAGUUAUAUAUAUAAGCAGCAUCGUGGAAGCGUUCAAAAGUGAUUCACAGCGAAUGCGAGAAACGCUAAUGAAUGCCAUUAGAACUAGUACAAUAUCUCAUAAGCGGAAGACACGGCAGGUAGAUACCUCUCGUACAAAGAAAACGGAACCAAUCUGUCGCCGAGCAUCCGAUCUUUUAAAUGCCUUUGCAUCGACUGCAGCAUUGAACGAAAGGGUGGAAGAAACGCUGAAAAAUUUUAUAAAGCGAAAGCAGGAUAUUGAUAUAGGCGAGGUUCACGAUGCAGUAACAGAACUAAAUGGUGAUGAAAAAAUCGGAUAUUCAUUUAAACGUUUAGAUCGAAAUGCUCUCAUACAGUCAGCUGGAUCACAGCCUGUAAAAUACAUUACUGGACGACCAGUUGUUGAGAAAUUGAACCCUGAGCGACUAUAUGCUGUUGAAAGGAUCGUGAGUGGCGAAUUGGAGAAGGAAAAGACAGAAGAAAUGUAUCGUAACAAACAGCGACUGGCAAAUGUUUUGACGAGAAAAAUGGAUAAACACGACAUUGACGAAAUGAAAUUGAAACUGGAACAGACUGCUAUGGGCUUGCUUUUCAAUAAGGAACAAUACCGGGUUCUCACCUCCAAGGAAGAAAAAAUUAUAUGUACGAAUGCAGCAGCAGCUCGGCGGACUGUCAAUGAAGGCUUUAAACAUGCCGAUGAAAAAUAUAAGGACAUUGACGAGAAACUGUCAAAAGCGGAAACGUUGUUGAAGAAUCAAAAUCUGGUCGGCAUUGAUAUUGUCUCCAGAACAAAGAAUAAGAAUGGCGUGAUUGUAAAUAAUGGAGGUAAACCAGUAAAUGCUAAGAAAUCUCCACCACCUCUGCCUCCAAAGAAGACAAUUUUGCAAGAAAGCAGAAUCAGUUCAUCAGCUUCUCGUCCAGAAAAUCACAGUGUUAUUUUUCGGAGUAAAUCGUCAUCUUCAAAUAAAUCCUCCAGGCCUUGUUCAGUGCCUGUUAUGCGGUUGUCGUGUGAUAGUGUUAAUGCCCGUCAACAAAUAAUUUGUCAGUUAUGCUUGAAAGUUGUUUACUUAGCUGAACGGAUGCAGGUAGAAGGAAUGUUCAUUCACAAAAAGUGCUUUCGUUGUGCUUUUUGUGAGCAACCAUUACGUCUUGGUAAUUGUGCUCAAGACCGAAAUCUUCGAAGUUUUAAUCCGAGAUUCUUUUGCAUGCAGCACAUAAAUUUACCAGUGUUAGAAAAGAUUACUCGGAUAGAGAAAAAUGGCUGUAAAGCAGGAGCAUAUUUGCCACUGCUGAAUGAUACGUUGAAUACUGUCAAUGGAUAUACUACGUCAUGUGGAAAUCAAUCUGCAGUAUCUGUCGCUAUGCAACGAACUGGACGAAACUCACCAUCCAUGCUCCUUGGAAAAACAAUGGAAAAAAUGCGUGCCCAGAAAGAAGCGGUUCGUGGAUUAUUGUCAUCACAUCAACAAGUGAUGCGAGAGCGCGCCGAGUUUGAAAUAUACGAUCAAAAGAUAACCAAGAAAGAAAAAGAAUAUUCAGUUAUCGGCAAUGAAACUUGUUCCAAUGGUCACGACAAUUUCAGUGAUGAGGAAUUAUUAGAAAAUGAGAAUGAAUAUUUAUCAUCUGGUAAAGAUGAUGACGAUGAUGAUGACAGUGAUUUCAUGGAAGAUGAAUUAGUCGAUUUAGAAUCAGUUGUGCUGGAAAAUCUUGAUGAAAGUAUGAGUAGAUCGUUAACUGAAGCACAGGCGUUGAAACUCUUGAAGACAUUCAAAGAACGUAGGCAGCAAAGAUUUCAAGAACAACACACGAAUAUUCUGUCAUUAGAACAAGAAUGCGAGAAGUCUAGCGGAAAUUUUGAUGCCACUAUUAUCAAAAACAGAAACGAAAUGACAGCAGUCACUACAGUCGGAUCAACUGCGGUGAAAAUAACGAAAGAUUUGCCUGAAAAGAACCACCAUUAUAUAUUCAAAAAACAAGUGUUGGCUCCAUUCAUGGGAAUUAAUGAUAUGGGAAAUAAGGCUUGUACACAGGCUAUGAUGAAAACUAAUGAACAAUUGGAAUUAUGCAGAACCAUUAAGCGUCACUCGAUACCCAAGCAGUCGUCGAGAGUUAUGUCACGUUUUCCUCGCCAUCUUUCUCUGGAUCUUAGUCGAAAGGAUAUUGAAAGGAUUUGUACAACGCCUUCAAUGGAGAGAACAUCUGAUUUUACUCAUUUUUCAUCAUCAAGUGACGAUUAUUCUCAGGAAGCGGAUGCAAUUCAAUCACAAUUAGCUGCGCAGUCAAAUCUUGGUCUUCUAGCCCAAUUGUUUAGUGCUGAAAGAGUCAAGGCUCUGCAAUCUACUGACAAGGCAGAUCAAAUAGAUUCAAAUUUACAUGGUACAGAUCUCAAAAAUCAAAACCAUGGUGCCUUGGGAGGAAGGGUGCUUUCUCGAUGUUCAAGCAUGUCAGUCUCUCAUGCACUCAGUACUUCAUCAGAAAAGAAACAUUCAAUUUUUCACCAACGUACGGUUUCCUCUUCGCAUUCUGUUGUUAACAGCACUAAUACUGAUUUAUUUGAAAACAAAUUAUCACCCACUUUGUUCACGAAAAAAGAUAUUCGUCGUAUUCAGAAACUAGCUGAAAAGAUCUUAAAACAAAAAGAACAAGAACGCAUCAGUGCAGCACAGGACUUGCAGCGUGAAUUGGAAGAAAUUGAUGUCCGGAAAUUAGAAGUGGAAGCAGUGGCUGGAGAUUUGGAAAGACGUUUAUCUGAUGAUGCAGAAAAUUUGUGGAUACUGGAGCAGUGGUUAUUGUAUGUACAGGAAAUGGUACAAUUGAAACAACGUGAAGAAGAACUGAAACUUCGAGUAUCUGAGUUUGAAGUGAAUGAAGAAUAUAAAAACCUUCAACUGCAGCUCAAAGAAGUUCAGAACAGUGGUACCUCAAUUGUUUCUCCUGAUAGUCAAACUGAGAAGUCGAUAUUGAAGAAGACACUGGCAGUUUUAGAAAUGCGUGAUGCCAUACAGAAGCAGCUAAAAGUAGUGAAAGAAAGGGCUGGACAGCGAAAAGUAACAGAAGCAUCAACACUUAUCGAAUUAAAAGGAGCUUCAUAUCGAAAUUUCAGACCAGUUUUCAUUUAA